AUGAAUGCUAAUUCUGAUUCAGAAUUAAAUGACAAUUCCCAUGCUUUAGAUUUGGCAAGUGCCUCUUCACCAAAAGAUGGUGCAUUACAAAAUAUUGAUUCAGUAACAGAACAAGAAGUAAUGACACAGAAGGAAUCUACAGUUUCUGGACCGAAAAGUGCAGCUGAUGAUACCGCUGAUGAGGCUGCUGCAAUGGGACUCAGAAGAUCUCGUCGAGUCCCGAAACCUAGAACUGAUUUAGAUAAGGACUUUUUUGAAGCCCCUGUUAAGAGGAAGUACACCAAGUCCAAGAAUAAGAGUAAGGUUAAAGGUAAGAAAAAGGGUAAGGACAAUCAAGGAGCGGCUACUAAAGACAAUUUACCUGGGAAAGAUAAGAUAACCAAAAAGGCUCCAAUACAGAAAAAUAUAUCUUCUACUCCAACACCAAGCAUUGAAAGUCAGGAACCAUCUUUAACAGAAGCAAAUUGGGCCUCAAAUGCUCCUCUAUUGUCGUCAGAUUUCAAAACCCACCAAAGUGUACUUUCUAGGUUGAAAAGUCCAAAUAUGAAAGCUUUACCAUAUGGAGGAGAUGUAAUGAAAGUUAUGACAUUUAUCAACAAAUUUUCGUUUUUUUUGUAUCCUGAAAUAUUAAGUUUAUCAUUUCAAGAUUUUGAAAUUGGUUUAGAUCUGUACCCAAGCGACAUUAAAGAUAUCUCAGCUGACUGGUCUGAUAUUCAAUUCAGAAAAGUCCUCUAUCAAGACUAUAUUCCAGUAAAAGAUAUCAUUAAAAGCCAAGAUAAAAUGAAUCUUUUGUUCAUUUCAUUUUUGCAUCUACUUUUCAAAGAUAGUAGGAAAGCUUUCGAGCCCAUUUCUGCAGAAGACUUUUCGCCAUCAUUGAUAAAAACGUACAAGCCACUGGUAGAGAAGUUACGAACCAAUGCACCUGAAUGGGGAUACCCAUUAGAAUGGAAAACAACAUAUUCUGGGGAUCCCACAAAACCAGAACUAGCAUACUUUGAUACUGAUGAUACAGGAUUUCCGGUUGAUCCAAAAAAUCCUGAAAUCUUGACCCCAAAUGUGUAUACAUGGGCACAAAAAGCACCAUUGCCUUUCGAUUCAGAUCCUUUAUUUACCCCAGGCCUCGAAGACGAGGGUAUAUUGGCGUUAUCGCCAGGUGAUAGAAUUGUCUUGUUUAGAGCACUUAUUGAUUGGUGUACCUCGCAGUCGUUAAUGAUUCACAACGAGAUCUAUCAUCUUUCUCAUCCGAAGAGGGAUCCACCAUUCGGUAUUCAGACCCAUCAUGUAGCAAGAUACUUUCUCGAGGGCCCUGAGGUAACUUUCAACUACUUUAAAAAACUAUGUACAUUAGUACAAGCAAGAUAUGAAAUCAGAAGCAAAAAGAAGCAUUUCAAGAAGCAAUUACAGGAAGGUAAAAAGGAAGAUUUCUCUAAAAAACUGAAACUUCUCAAUGAAAUCAAAGAAACAUUAAAUAUCACCCCAAAGGAAGAAAAGGGAGACUUAGUAAUCUCCCUCUAUGAUAAGUGGUGCAAGUUAUUUGAAGGAGAAUUAAUGGACAAUCCUUUAAGCGAUCCAUAUCAAGAUCCAAUAUAUAAAUUAAGGUCGCAGGAGUUCUUUGUAGGUAGAAUACCCCACAUGGGUGAUUUCUAUAUCCCAAGGCUUCAUACGUAUAGUGGUUCGAGUACUAUGACAACAUUUACCGAUCUAAGAAGUUUAAAAGAUUUAUUGGAAAAAUUCAAAACUAAGGAAUAUAAUGUUCACACAUAUUUUGAGAACAAUGGUCAGAAUUUAAGUUCCCAGUUCAAACUCUUGUAUCAUGAUACACCAUCAUUACUUCGUGACAUUGCUAAGGGUUCCAGCACGACACGUAAGGUGUAUUGGUAUGAGAUGUGCCAUGACACAAAAACCUUGAAGGAUUUCAUAAAGCUAUUGGAUUAUAAGAUAGUAAGACCUGUAGAUAAGGAUAUUCAAAAGGAUGAAAUUGCUAUUAAUACACCAGAACCUAAGAAUAGCAACACAUCUCAGUUGAUAAAUACACAUCCUCUCCCAAAAGAUGCCAGAUAUAACACUGCGAGAAACAAGUUAUCCGUUUUGAAGAACUUUCUUGAUGAAUUGUAUUAUAUUUUACUCUCCUAUGAGGAAUUAAGAGAGCAGUAUGCUGAUAUGAAGCCGGGAAGAAGGCAGUUGAGAAGGUUAAAAAGGCAAGCGAACUACGAUGUUUCAUAUGACAGCGAUGAAGAUUAUAAUGAAAUCUCAACUGAUGAAUUCGAGUACCAAAGGAACAAGAGGACACGGUCAAAUUAA